AUGCCACAAAAGAUCAAUAAAGAAACAUCUUUAGAAUGUUUGGUUAUCAUCGUUCUAGACGGUAGCUAUCUUUUAGAGGACCACUUUGAAACUAUUUUUGAGGCUUACCUUGAGCCUAUACUCAAACAUAUGAAACUGCCUAUUCUAAUAGAGCAAGAGGACAAAGAUAAGAACGAAAUUCAAAAGGAAAAAAUUACGCCCAAGUUGAAGUGUGGUCUUGUUAUUUUUGGGAACUAUGAACCUAUUUCGCGGUCUCCAGUUACGACAUAUUAUUUUGAAGAGAACUUAUCACAAUUCGAAAAGCUUAUAACAAGCAUAGAAUUCGAGGACGGCGGUAUGAGAGAAAAUGCAGUAGCUGAAGGUUUAGUUGCUGCGCUAGAGAUGUUUGAUGCAUAUAAAAGUCGAACGAACUCCGAAACACUUGAACCAAGAAAGCAUUGCCUUCUCAUAUCUAACAGUCACCCAUGUCCUGAUCUCGUUCAUCGAAAUAUUGAUGAGAAGUAUGAUCAAUUUUCUAUGAAUCAAAUUGUAGAAGAGAUGCAAAAACAAAAUAUUCAUCUUUCAUUAAUAACUCCAGAAAAAAAUUUUACGAAAUUGGAAGAGCUUGUAACAGAGGUCAAUCAAGACAUUGAAGUUCAUAAUGCAACAGAUGUAGUAAAUUCAUCUCACGUUGUGAAGUUAGCAGGUUUCAAGCCUCUUUUUACACAUCCAAAAGAAGUGUCCACAGCACAAAAGAGGAAACGUGAGGAUUCAACGAGUUCCAUAGGUACGGUUGACAAACAAAAAAAAGUAAAACUCGAACCAACACAAGAUCCUGUAAAAGGUCAGUCCUCUGCCUCUAAUGGGUUACCGACACUUGCGCAACCUCUUCAGGCUUCGGCAUCAAAUAAGAAAGAUCAGAUAACAGCUACCCCAAUUCAUCAGCAUCCAAGUAGUCAACCACCUGUCGUCAAUUCAACGACACCAGCCCAGGUCACUAUGUCACAGACGCCUGCUGUUACGAAUGCUACAUUACCAAAUACAAAUACUGUACAGAAUUCACCGAAUGCGCUUGCUCAUAUACAGCAACCUGCUAAAACUGCUAAUCAGGCUGCUUCGAACAUUGUUACUGCAUUGCAGAUGCAAUCAUCUGCUGCUUCUACUACAGCAAUAUCUCAGCCGCCUCAGCAGCCUUUAUUUAUCCAGCAACAAUCUAUACCAGGUUCUAUAGCUGCUCGUCCUCAACAGAAUAUGCCAGGAGUCAAAUAUCCCAAUUCCAUUAUGCCAAUUAAUAUGCAUGUACAACAGCAGUUUGCUGCAAUGUCACCAGAACAACGUAAACAUUUUAUAGCUAAUGUUAAUUUUAAAAAUCCACCACCAUUUCGAAAUGCCCAAUUUUUUAGAAAUACAUUGGCUACUAAUGCACAGCAGCAAUUAAUUCGACAAAAUACUAUACUUCAGCAUGAGUUGGCUGCAAGUCAACAAAAUCUUGCGAAUGUGUUUAGACGUCAGCUUGGUCAAACUAUGCUCCAAUUACAUAAUGGAACACCAGUAAAUAUUGGCCAACAACCAAUUGGGAAUUUUGUAACUUCAGCUUCUAUAAAUGAAGUAGCAAGUUCACAAACUCUCAAUGGUACUGAAUCAUCAUCAGCUGCAACUACUGCACAACAGCUAAGUGCGUUUAAUUCGUUGACAUCUCCUAUGAGCAAUGCCAUCAACGCUCAAUCUGUUGGUUAUACUACCGCGUCAACAUCUAUUGGUGCGCAAUUCGGAGGACAAAUUCCUACAAGUUCAAUAGGCACAGUGAAUGCUGCUACAAUCGGUGCACAAUUGCCCGCGUCUACUAUGAUGAACUCUACUUCCACUGCUAGUAUGACUAAUAGUAUUCUAGGAAAAAGUUCAACUGCGUCCGCUGGAGCUGCAGGCCAAAUUACAACUCAAUUUAAUAGUAGCCAAAGUCGUCCUGGUAUGCCUUCUUCAAAGACAAUCAAUGCAUUAUGGAAUGGCCUUAUUGUGUGGUCAUCUAGCAAUCAACAAACUAGGCAAAAGCGCGAACUUACUUGCCGAGUGACUGCUUUUCCAGUUGCUAAUAAGAAGCCUAUACAAACGCAAACAGAUUAUAUGAUUUCAUGCUGGCCAGAUAAAAUGGAAAUCUCUGGCAUUAAUCAUGUUAAAGAUGUCGUAAACGUUGUGAGCUCAAAUCCGAGAGUUUUACUUUUGCCAACCCCGACCCCACCCUCUACACAAGAAAAUAAUAAUAGUUUUGCAAUUUUGAUGCGAACUUUGGAUAACAAGAAGAUGGCUGCCUUUGUUCGCUUUCCUAAUGCUCCAAAUCCAAACGGAGGUAUAGUUCUUUAUCCUACCGGACAAAAAAUUGUAGCAUUAGCGCAUUUGCAACAACAGCAAUCGAUGGCUAACAUGACACCAAACAUGCAAGCGUUGAUGCUUCAACAGCAACGACAGGCUAUGCAACCCGCUCUAUUACAAAACCUACAAGUUGGAAGUGAACAAGCUUUGAUACGACGUCGAAUGGCUAAUUUAUUUCAGACGGCUAAUUCCAAUACUGGUGACAUUAAUAAUCAACAACAAAUGUUAGAUAUGUUGCGAACGAGGCAAUCUUCUCAACAACCAACCCAAUAA